AAUGGACCUUCCUUCCUCUCCUUGAAGGAUAUAUUGGAUAAGCAAAGCCAGAACGCUGUUGAAGAGCUCAAAUUUGUUAGUUGUAGGAAGAGAGAAAAAUGGCAGCUAACUGUAUAUCUCUAUGCUUGGCCGUCUCUUCCAAGUUCAGAAAUCUCUCGCUCAGGAACGAUAUGGCGUCUUCGUCUUCUUCUACUUCUUCUUUGCGUCAAAAUUCCUGCGCUUUUAGGUCUCUCAGUUUCUCCAACAGCAUCUCUCACAGUGUCUUUUCAAAAGGGAGUCUGUCAAUUAGCACAACCUCUCAGAGGCCAAUUCGUCAUGCUGUGGUUUGCGAGGCUUCACCAAAGAAGAGGGCUGAUUCGGCUGCUAAGAGAGCUCGACAAGCUGAGAAAAGGCGCAUUUACAACAAAUCCCGGAAAUCUGAAGUAAGAACUCGGAUGAGGAAGGCUUUUGAAGCACUGGAUGGGCUCAGGAAGAAACGUGAUGCACAAGCUGAAGAGAUCUUGUCGAUUGAGAAACUGAUCGCAGAGGCCUAUUCAGUGAUUGACAAAGCAGUAAAAGUUGGAACCCUGCAUAGGAACACUGGAGCACGCAGGAAGUCCCGCCUUGCCAGGAGAAAGAAGGCUGUCGAGAUUCACCAUGGCUGGUACACCCCUGCUCCUGUCCCAAGUGCUGUGUAGAGGACAGUGCAGAAAUGUUCUUAUAAGAUAUAGGGAUUAAUUUCUUUGUUUCUUAUAUUGUACUUCCUCUGUGCAAAUGUAGUUUCGGAAAUUUCUGCUCUAUCCUCAGAUGAAAUCUUGGUAGACCCACAUUUCCUUUAUAAUCAUUAAUCAAUUUUGUGUAGUUUUUCUUAUUUGGCCUCCAUUUUCUGCAGAUUCAAUUUAAGGAACUUAAAAUAGAAUUUCGUUUUAUUC